GUUUGUUGGUUUGUGGCGCUAAUAUCGUGAAAAUGGAAACACUGACGUGAAGUAACGAAACUCUGGAAUGUAACUGAGUACAUUCACUUCAUGAAACCUUCACGUGCAGCCGGUGUUUGUGUGGAGUCCUUGUGUCGGUGCGCACAUGCUCAGUGAGGUUAUUUUUGCGCACAGAGGCUUUAAAGCGCAGCGGCUGGAGGCGGACGGAGCAGAGAGACCGGGGAGCGCACCGGGGAGGAGAGGAGCGGAGAGCGGAGAGCUGCAGCGGGCCAUCACCGGGCCAUCACCGGGCCAUCACCGAGCCAUCACCGGGCGGACAGACAUGAACCAUCACGGAGCUCAGCGCCGCCGCGGACCGGGCUCCGUGCUGGACACUUAGAGGACGCAGGAGUCUGUGCGCCUCACGCGGCUCCGCUCAGCUCGUGCGCAGACUGCGCGUCUUCGUGCGUUUUAGUCCCCGCUGUCUGCGUUCGUCUCCCGGCCGUCAUGGUGCUGGGCAAAGUGCGGGCCCUGGCCGUCUACUUCGACAGCCUGAACGAGAACAACCUGCCGGUGUUCUCCGGCGGGGAGCUGGUGUCAGGGCGGGUGGUGGUGGAGGUGACCGGGGACGUGCGGGUGAAGAGUCUGGAUAUAACUGCCAGAGGAGUCGCGAAGGUCCGCUGGACCGAGUCGAGGAACGCCGGUGCGAACACGGCGUACACCCAGAACUACACCGAGGAGGUGGAGUACCUCCACCACUACGACACCUUGAUCGGAGAGGAGAGAGAUGAAGACUGUCCAGAGGAAGGUCUGACUGUUCUGCACGCCGGACUACACGAGUUCGCUUUCAGCUUCAACCUGCCUCAGAUGGCUCUGGCCACGUCCUUCGAGGGGAAGCACGGCAGCGUGAGGUACUGGGUGAAGGCUGAGCUGCACCGUCCGUGGCUGCUGCCCGUGAAAGUGAAGAAAGAGUUCAUUGUGUUCGAACACAUCGACAUCAACACGCCGCUGCUGCUGGCUCCUCAGGCUGGAACGAAGGAGAAGACUCUGUGCUGCUGGUUCUGUGCGUCCGGCCCGAUCUCCCUCAGCGCCAAGAUCGAGCGAAAGGGCUACACACCAGGCGAGUCCAUCCAAAUCUUCGCCGAGGUGGAGAACUGUUCGUCCCGCGUCGUGGUGCCCAAAGCUGCUCUGUACCAGACCCAGACCUUCUUCGCCAAGGGCAAGGGCAAGCAGAUCCAGCAGCUGGUGUCCAACCUGAGAGGAGACGCUCUGCCGCAGGGCAAGAGCCAGAGCUGGGAGGGCAAGAUGCUCAAGAUCCCCCCGGUGUCGCCGUCCAUCCUGGACUGUCCCAUCAUCAGAGUGGAGUACGCCCUCGUGGUGUACGUCGACGUUCCCGGCGGGUUGAAUUUGUCUCUCUCGUUGCCGUUGGUGAUCGGGACCAUACCCCUGCACGCCUGCGCCAGCCGCACUUCCAGCAUUAGCAGCACUGGCAGCACUUUGAGCUGGCUGGGCCUGCAGGAGAGACCUGAAGCUCCGCCGAGUUACAGCGACCUGGCGAUAUCAGAGUCUCAAAGGCGGGACUGCCUGCAGGGCUGCGAUAGGUCUGACGGGGAGGGAGAGGAGCACGGAUCUCUGCUGACAUACAUCACAGAGUUCAGAUAUCUGCCACCACCACUCUACUCCGAGGUCGACCCUUACCCCGACCCCGUGGAGGUGUGCGGCGCCGCCGAUGUCAGGAGACCCGACACGUGUCCGUCCCGCUGAGGCGAGCUCGGUGAGCUCAGAGGGGGGCUUCUGCACAAAACACGACACCGUCACGUCAGUCGGCGCACACAGCCAGCUUCUCACCAGAUUAUGUAUCACGAUAAAAUGAGGCGAGACGCUCUCUGAAGCCCGGGGGGGUCAGCUGAGAGAGGAUUCGGUGACCAUUGACGUAUGGACCAGGGAUUUCAAGCCGUGCUGGAUCCUGAAGACGAGGCCACUGUUUGACUCUGGCGAGGCGGAGAAGACGCCUCCUCCUGCCUCACAGUGAAUUUUUGCACAUACCGUAAUUACUGUUUUUCUAUUGGUGGGUUUUCUAUACCGCAAAGACCGCCGCAGGCCUACAUGCUACACUCUGUCCACAGACGUACUCUCUGAAUCGAAACGGCACAUUUGAAAAAAACGGGACUGAUAGUUCAGACUUCAGGUGGUCUCCAUCUGCGAACAAAGCAAAGACGACGGAGAAAAUAAACGACCACCUCGAGAAUGUGUGUGUGUGUGUGUGUGUGUGUGUGUGUGUGUGUGUGUGCGUGGGUUUAAAUGACCAGGUAUAAACCCUGAACAGGGUCAAGAGAAAAAGCACAACUCCGACCAACCAAGAUAGAAACAGUACCACAAGUCGCCUGUUGGUUUCUGCUUGAAGCUUUUUCUUCUCGCUGUUUUUUCUGAGAAGCUUUCUGAACGACAACGUGUAAAAAAAAAAAAAAAAAAAAAAAAGAUGUUUA